UAAGUUUCAAAACUUUGUGAAGUUGGAUUUAUAUCUGUGGAAGAAAUGAGAAAAGGAUAUAGUUUUGUAGUUUCGCUUGUAUUAUGGAUGUAAAACUUUUGUUGCCGUGGUUCUAAUGGUAUAAUGGUGUCUGUAAUACUCAUACUAUGCACGGUUUUCACUCUUUUUCUCCUUCACAAGACAGUUAUUGUGCUUUACUGUUAUCUACAAACCAUACGGCUUGCGAGACAAGUUCCAGGAUUUCCAGACACUCGUCUUAUUCAAGGUGACUUAUGGGUUGAAUCAUAUGAUGAUUACAUGGAGAAAACGUUAAAGUUCGUCCAGUCAACUGGCGUCAAGAUGCACAAAAUAUGGGUGUAUUUCUUCUAUCCUUUCUACUGUCUGAACCAUCCGGAUACUGUGAAGCUGAUACUGAAAGCGUCCGUACCGAAGGACAGCCAUAUAGGAAGUGGCUAUACUAUACUUAAACCAUGGAUAGGUGACGGUUUACUUACGAGCAUCGGUGACAGAAAAUGGGCCCGUAACAGACGUCUUCUAACAACAGCUUUCCAUUUUGAUAUCCUUAACAACUAUAUCAUGAAGUUCAAUAUUGUUGCUGAAGAUCUGUUGAUUCGAUUGUCCCAGUGCCGCAAUUCAAGUAUAGAAAUAUGCCAGCCUGUGUCCAUUUCGACACUAGACGCUUUACUACAGUGUGCAUUCUCAUACGACGGCCAUAUUCAGGAAUUGGGGCUAGACCAUCCAUACGUUUCAGCAGUACAGGAAUUAUCAAGCUACUGUGUCAAGCGAAUGAGCAAUCCGGUGUUGCAUCCAGACUUUAUUUUUAACAGAACGAGAACGGGAAAGCGGUUUCAUCAGUUGUGCAAUUAUGUUCAUGAAUUUGCAGACGAUAUAAUUGAAGCACGUAGAAAUAUUCUGGAAACAGAUCAUGAAGACACAGAAUAUGAAUAUACAGAUUUCCUGGAUAUUGUACUCAUGGCACAAGAUGAAAAUGGUGUCGGACUCACCGACAAAGAAAUACGUGCGGAGGUUGACACAUUUUUAUUCGCUGGCCAUGACACCACAAGUUCUGCAAUAAGCUGGGCUAUUUACACCCUUGGACAAUAUCCGGAAAUACAAGAACAGAUAUAUGAAGAGGUCAUGCAAGUGGUUGGGACGAAAAAUGUAGAACCGGACCAUUUGAGUAAGCUGAAAUACAUGCUGUUCUUCAUUAAAGAGGUAAUGCGCAUGUACAGUAUUGUACCAGUGAUAGGACGAUCUUUGAAAGAACCUUUAACAAUAGAUGGAGUCACACUGCCCGCUGGUGCACUAAUAGAAAUCAACAUUCACACGAUGAACCAUAAUCCAGCAGUUUGGUCGGACCAUGAGGAUUUCAGACCGGACAGGUUUUCAGAAUCUGAGCCAGAGAGAGAUCCAUUCAGCUUCAUUCCAUUUUCAGCAGGGACUAGAAACUGUAUUGGUCAAAACUUUGCUUUGAAUGAGCUAAAGGUUGUUCUGUCUCGUCUCGUGCAAGCAUUUCGUAUAGAACUAGACACAAGCCACGAGGUAGUUCCACAGCCAAAAUUGGUGAUGAGACCAAAAAAUGGAAUAAAAGUUUUUCUGCGUUCACGCUGAGUUAAGGGUUCAAAAUCUGAAAUUUUUUGAACAGUUUUGUAUUUAGUAAUUCAAAAGACGAAAUGGUGUUAUUGUAUUCUAGAACAUGACAGAAUACCUGCGAUAAGAAUCACUAUUGUGAAAUUUAAUAAGAAGAAGUACAUAUAUGUUUAAAUACCAAAAUUUCAAUGGAAAAUAUGGCACCGUUCAGUAGCGGAUUCGGGCUUUUGGUUAGAAGGACGUUAACUUCUGGUACUUUUGCAUAAUAUUCAAGGAGUGUUUACUCAUUUACUCUCAGUGGUAUUUAUAAUACUCAUCAAAUACUCUGUGUGGUAUUUAUAGUACUCAUCAUACUACUCUAUCAAACCGAGUCUGCUAUUAUUCUUCUUGGUUGCAUUCUUUGCUUCCAAAGGAUCUUUUUUACAUACUUUAUUAAGCAAAGCGAGCUUAAAAUUUUAGCUGCCAUUUGCACAGUCAACACAUCCACCUGAGUAAUGAUUACAUAAGGUAUACAGAACAGACUAUUACCUAAUGUAACUUUGUCAUGUUGAGCGACCUGUGAAGUUUCCACUUUUCUCUAUUUUAUUAUCGCAGCAGCGUUGUUUGUGCCGUGUGGCGGCCGUAAAAUGUCUCCCCGUACAUUCAAUCAGGGCUGUUAUAUUUCGAUCUUCUCAGAUCGUUCAGCACGACUUUUAUGUCGUGUUAUUGGUACUGUUUAGUUUCUCAACAUGACAAUUUCGGCCUGGGUGGUUCCAAUACUCCCGCUUUCAUAGCCUUGGGUAUUGUUUAAUCACUCUGGCUACUCUGGCUGCUCUGGCUAAUUUCACGCACAUUCAUGGGACAGGUAUAACGAUGAAUGGAGGGAACAUUUAAAGUGGUCACCUAACUGUGAAUAUCUUAAAGUGGUAGGGGUGGAAAAACCACCACCACGUGCACCAGCUUGCUUUGGAGCUGGAUUUGGAGGCUUUGUUACAAGUGUUACAAGUGCACAGUGAUAAUAUUUUACUGGGGAAACAUUCUUUUCUAUUUGAUGUUUAGAUAGUUUAACUUGUUUGUACAACAUGGAUUUGAGACCUUAUGUUCCAUCUGAUAGCAUGUUUGAUUCAUUUUAUGACGAAGAAGGGAACAGGCUGCAUUGGGUGCUGGA